UACAGAUAGGCUUUAGCCCAAGGCAGCUGACACUUCUUCACAAAUCCACACUUCUCUCUCUAUAGACUCGGGUGUGUGUAUGCGAAAUGGAUAUGCAAACUCCUUUGCGCCAGUCACUCAUAAUCUGUUAUUUUCUAUGGGUGUCCAUGCAUGCAUGUGUGCAUUUCUGUGUGUGUGCGCAACGAUUGCGACAUUCCAGCAGCAGAAACCUGAGAAGGUGUGACUUACAAGACACUGGAUUCUGCUCUUUCUGGGGACUGAGGGGUGCUGAAGUGUCAGAAUUCCAAUUUCCUCCAAAGUCACUCCCAGUCACACACUCUGACCCUCUCUGCAUCUCUCUCACACAGCCAAACACACACACACACACUCUGCUGCCUUCAUUCUUGUCCUCCAGAGCUUGCUUUUUCCCCUCCUCUCUCUUUCAGCUGUAAACACUGUCUCAUUUUCUCUCAGUUCCAUUCAUAAGGUCCUACAAGGAGAAAUCUUGUUUCACACCACUGUACUGUAUUGCCACCCCCCACUCUUGCUCUCCUUCCUCAAACUAAACACUCAGUCGUUCUCUUCACAAAGAGCUUCUAGGGUAGAGUAAAAUAGGGGGAAAGGAAGAGAGGGAGAAAAGAGAGGGAAGAGUUUGAGAAUCGCGGGCCCCUCCUACUUUCCGGAGAUGCUCCAGCCCAUCCCUAAAUUGUGGACCAAUGAGGGUGGCUCAUUCACAACUCAUGCGGUCCUUCUACAAUAGGUAAAGGAGAGAGAGACAGAGAGUGGGAGAGAUAUAUACAAGGAGAGAGAGAGUGAGGGAGGGAGACAGAGUGACUGUGUUUGGGGGGAGAAAGACGAGGGCAGAGUGAGAGGGAAGACAGGGAAGAGAGGAAAGAAGCUGCAACAAAGUCAACCCCUGGGAAUGAAGUGGUGACCGGCAGAUAGAGGAGAGAGAUGAAGAGGUAGAGCUUGUGACAGGGACAGAUUUACAGUGUGGACAAGCACAGGAGAAAAAGGCAGUAAGGGGCUUUGGGAGAGAGACAGCAGAGGAGCAUUGAGAAACUUUAAAAUUUCCUCAUCUUAUCAGGGCUGCCAAGACAUCAGGACAAAAAAAAAAAACAAACAAAAAAAAAAAAGUGUAACAAGACAGGAAACCCCACAGGUGUAGAUGCAGACAGGUGGUCAGUCAGACAUGCUGCCCGUGCUUCUGCUUCUCUGCGCUGCUGGAGGAACUUGGGGGUCCGCCCCCGGAGUGUGGGGGUACGGACGGAUCCAAGGCAGGCAGGGGCCGGCGGGGUCGCUGUGCCCGUCUCCGUGCCAGUGCGAGGAAGAUGGGAUAUUCAUCAUGGCGGACUGCUCAGAGUUGGGACUAUCGUCCGUGCCAGCUAACCUCAGCCCUCUCACCACUUACCUGGAUCUGAGUAUGAACAACAUCAGUGAGAUCCAGCCCAGAGCCUUCCACCGACUGCACCUGUUGUCAGAACUGCGUAUCUCAGGGAAUCAGCUGAGGUAUAUCUCAGGCCAUGCUCUCCAGGGUCUCCACAACCUCAAAGUUCUAAUGCUACAAAACAACCAGCUGGAGAGACUUCCUGAUGAUGCACCAUGGGACCUACCCAACCUACUGUCCUUGCGUCUUGAUGCUAACCUGUUGUCUGAGGUUCCGGCCGGGACUUUCAGAGGGGUUCGCUCUCUGCGGCACCUGUGGUUGGACGACAACUCGCUAACAGAGAUCCCAGUGAUGGCCCUGGACUCUUUGCCCUCCCUGCAGGCCAUGACACUGGCCCUCAACCAGAUCACACACAUCCCAGAUUAUUCGUUUACCAACCUCUCCGCCCUUGUCGUACUGCAUCUCCAUAACAACCAGAUCCAGAGCAUGGGCGCGAGAUGUUUUGAAGGUUUACACAGUCUGGAGACACUGGAUUUAAACUACAAUGAUCUGCAGGAGUUCCCUGUGGCCAUCAGGACAUUGAGCAAACUUCAGGAACUGGGCUUCCAUAACAACAAUAUCAAAGCCAUCCCCGAGAAGGCCUUCGUGGGAAAUCCUCAGCUUCAAACCAUUCAUUUCUAUGAGAACCCAAUCCAGUUCGUGGGAAAAUCCGCUUUCCAGUUCUUACCUAAGCUGCACACACUUUCCCUUAACGGAGCAACCCAGAUUCGAGAGUUUCCCGAUCUGAAAGGAACCACCAGCCUGGAAAUUUUGACGCUGACUCGGGCUGGUCUCUCAGCUCUCCCUCUGGAUCUAUGUGAGCAGCUGCCUCGCCUCAGAGUGCUGGAGCUGUCUUACAACCAGAUAGAGGAUCUGCCCAGUUUUUACCACUGCUCAGCACUGCAAGAGAUAGGGCUUCAGCAUAACCAAAUCAGGAGGAUAGAGUCAAGCACCUUCCAGCAGCUCACCUCUCUCAGAGCACUAGAUCUGAGCUGGAAUAUGAUCGAGUGGAUUCACCCAGAUGCCUUUGCUUCACUUCACUCUUUGAUCAAACUGGACCUGACAGAGAACCGUCUCAGCUCAGUCCCUGUUGCAGGUUUGGGGGGUCUCACCCAUCUGAAGCUGAGGGGAAACACUGAUUUAUAUGAGGCCUUCAGUCCUGAUCACUUUCCCCGUAUGAGGGUGAUAGAGAUGCCUUAUGCCUACCAGUGCUGUGUAUAUGGUUCCUGUGAUAGCUAUAAGCCAGCCAGUCAGUGGGACACAGAGCAAAGCAACACUGAUGAGGACCUACACAAGAGAACUGUGGCCAUGUACCCUAUCCAUGCUGACACACACUAUGACCCUGACCUGGAAGAGUUCCAACUGGAGAUAGAAGAAUCCAAACUACAGACAAGUGUCCAAUGCACACCCUCGCCAGGUCCUUUCCGUCCCUGUGACUCGCUGUUGGGCAGCUGGCUGGUUCGCGUGGGCUUGUGGUCCAUCUCCCUAGUGUCUCUGCUGGGGAACUCUCUCCUGCUCCUGUCCCUCUUCGGCUCGCCUGGCUACCUGUCGCCGCUCCGCUUCACUGUGGCCUGCAUGGGUGCUUCCAAUCUGCUGACAGGUGUGUGCACAUGCACCCUAACCCUUGUGGAUGCUCUUACCCUGGGAGAGUUUGGCCACCAUGGUGCCCGCUGGGAGGGGGGACCUGGCUGCCAGGCAACAGGAUGGGUCUGGGUGUUUGCAUCUGAGGCGAGUGUGUUGCUGCUGACUCUUGCAGCCGUGCAGUGUGGCGUGAGUGUGACGUGCGCCCGGGCAUAUGGGAAGUCCCCGUCCCUGGGAAAUGUGCGCACAUGUGCACUUUUCUGCCUCACUCUUUCCCUCACCCUUGCCUCUCUCCCACUGGUAGGAGUUGGAGAAUAUGGGUCCUCACCUUUCUGCCUUCCCUCACCCCUGCCACCCCCAUCCUCCCGGCUGCCAUCCUCCCUGGGCUUCCCCUUGGCGCUCAUUAUGAUGAACACUUUGUGCUUGCUUAUAGUCACAGGUUCAUACAUCCGCCUUUACUGGGAGUUACUUAGGGGUGAGUGCGAGGGCUUGUGGGACUGUGCCAUGAUCAAACAUGUUGCCUGGCUGAUAUUCACCAAUGGCCUCCUCUAUGUGCCUGUAGCUUUCCUCUCCCUUUGCUCCCUCUUGGGUCUGCUUUCUCUGGGGGAGGAGGUGCUUAAAUCAGUUCUCCUGCUUCUCCAGCCCCUGCCUGCCUGCCUCAAUCCCCUCCUCUUCCUCCUAUUCACACGAGACCACUCCCAGUUUUUCUUCUGGACUCGCCCCAAAGUGCGUCCCCAGCUACGCCGGGACCGCACCCUGGACUCGCUGGUUUCUGUGGCGACAGAGAAGAGCUCUUGCUCUGACUCGUCGGCACAGGCAUCACUCGCCGAUGCUGAUGCUCUGUACAGCGGGGGGUCCUCCCUCCAAUCCCGACUGGAUCCAGUCCGAUUUUCCCACUGCUCUUCUACUUCCUCUGUUCCUCUCAUCCCUUGCCAGAUACCCACUCCCACUGCCAGAGAUAGAGACAGAGCAACAGAACGAGGAAGCCCGAACGACGAAGAAUAUCUGAGGAGUUUGGAUGAAGAUGUGAUUCAUGGCAAUUGCCCUCGGUAUCACUCAACCAUGACUCCCUCUCUCACCUCUCAUCCAUGAGCCUCCAAGCUAGCUGUCUGAAUGGCUGGGACACUAUGGACAUACAAGGACCAUAAUCGAGCAGCAGCAGCAAAACCAGCUCUGGGUUAUCAAUCCUCAAGAACCUCAGAAUCAGUCCACACAGAGACUGUAGAGAACUCUAGAAAUGUCUAUGAGAACACAACAAAGUGCCUCUGCAAAUGGAGAGUGCAACUAAAAGUUCCCUUCACAAUAAAGACAAUUAAAGGAAAAACCACAACACAGCAUGACUGUUAAAAUAAAGGACAAUUUCUCAGCAGACCGUCUCAGUCAUGGACUGAAAUGAUAGAGAAAACUCAAAUAAAAGCUGUUGACCACAUGGAAAAACUAAGCAUCAGACAAAUCAAUAGCCAGGGGGAAUUUAGGUAGAACCAGUAGAAUUUUAAGUGUAAAUGUUUUUACUGAAAUGUGAUCAUGAGACAUGCAACUUAGAGGUUACAGAUUGCUUGGUUAUAUUUUAAGUGGAGUUAUCUUAUUUGUCUUUUUUUUAAUAUAAGUUCUAUCCUAUUGCUAAGGUCUGUUUCAAAUAAAGGGAUUCAUCGUCAAACACACCAGGACAUUAUACCAGAGCAUGUAAGCUAAUAUUUUUCGCUCACAGAAAUGUUUUUGUCCGAUAUAUUCCUCAGCAAUUGUGUAACAAUGGUUAUUUUUUAUGUGGCAGAAAAAUGCAACAGGAGACCGGAUCGCACAUACAGUUUUACAUGGUUUACAUGAUUUUAUCUUAAAUAUGCAACUCAUACAGACUGAAUGGGAUAUAGCUAUCUUUCCACAGACAUUAGAGUAGGCUAGCAAUAUGUACAUACAAUGUAACUACCUCUGAACUAGCAUGGUAUUGACUCACUACAGCCUUAUGAUGUUUGUUUCCCUUUUUAUAUGAUAAACAGCAAAUAUAUAAUUUUAUAUGUUAAGAAAUAAAUCCUUAGUUUGUAAAAAAAAAAAACCUUGUCUUGCUAUUUAGGAUGUACAUACUUUGUAUACAACUGGUAAGCAUAUGUUCGAAUAAAAUUAUUAUCUUCAUACUGUA